AUGGCUACUCAAACCCCCGACUACCACCUCAUUGGUCUCUACACCCGGUACUCCAGUUGGACAGCCCGCGUAGAAGCCGUGCUGGAGUACUUCAAAAUCCCACACACGCACCAAUUCAUCAAAUUCUCCGAAGUAUACCAAUCCCACCCAGCAGCAUAUACGAACCCUCAACCCAACAUUCCCAAGCAUAUCUACUACAUCCAUCCACCAGAAAAACAAAAACAAAUAAAAACCCACUCCCCAACCGGCCUAGUCCCAAUCCUGCAAGUGAACACCCUAAACACAACAAUAAGCGACAGCCUCUCGAUCUGCGAAUUCCUCGCAGAAUCCCACCCAGAGCUCGCCCUAUGGCCCCGAGACCGCAGACUGCGCGCCCUAGCCCGCACAGCGGCCUCGCAGAUGCAUUCCGGGUUCUCGGUGUUGCGAAAAACAUUCCCUACGAACUUCCUCGCGCGGUAUACGGGUAAUGUGCCGAUUCCCGAGGAUGCGAUGGCUGAGAUUGAGCGCAUGUUUGGGAUUUGGGAUGCUGCUAGACUUGUUACUAAGAAGAGACUGAGUGAGUUGGGCGAGGAGGAUGGGGGUUUUUUGUUCGGGGGUUUUCUGUUGCUGAUGCUUUCUUUUGGCCGAUUCUUUGGCGAUUCCGCUCGUAUGGCGUUCCUUUGGAUGCUGCCGGUCCUGAUGCUCUGGCUUGGAUGGAGAAGAUGUGGAAUUGCGCAUUAUGAUGAUAUCUUCCGGGGUAGGGAGGAUAUUCAGUAUAGCCUUUUCCCGCAGGAGUGGACCUUUUCUGUUACCGAAAAGUGA